AUGUGUGACGAUGCUAAGGAACACUUUAAACUCCUUCGAGAACCUGAAAGAAAAUCAAAAAUUAAAUAUUUGGGUCUCCUUUCAAGUAAAUUGAGAUGUAAAUCAUCUUUUGUCUCACCGACACCUGGUGGUGGUGUAUUAGCUUGCACUAACCCCAGUUAUACCAAUAAAAACCCUCUACCAGUGCCUGGAGAAAACGAGAAAGUUGAUGUACCUCGGGUCCGGGGAACUGGAACUUUAACCAUGUUUUGCGCCCUCAAUGGACAACAUUAUGCACUCACCUGCUUUCAUGUUGGUUGUGCAACUGAUGAAAACCGUUUAAACGCCGCAUUCAAUAAAGUAGAAGAUGUUCAGAAGAUGUGCAAUGCACUUCCAGCUUAUGAAAGUUAUGCAAAGAAACAGCAAUAUUAUUUUACACAAGGCAAUAUGGAGAACGACAAUGUCCCCAUCUUAUUUGGAUACGAUGGAACGGACUGCACGGGUUAUGGUGGUUUUGACAAUUAUCAUUUUGACAACGAAUCUGGCAUUUGUCUCUAA